AUGGUUGACGUUUCCGUGUCACGGUCAUUUCAGUGGUUCAUAGUCGAAGUGAAAAAGGGUUACGAGAUUGGGAAAGUAACUAUUUGUCAGGCGCCUGUAAUGAUUCUGUUAUGGGUGUCAGCAUUUUUAGUGCACUUGGCUCUGAUCUUGUACAUAGCAUUACCGUUGAUUGUAGAGAAGUUUCCUGCUUUUUGUCGGCGACUAGUUUUUAAAACACACAGUGGACCUAGCUUUGGUUCCCGAGUUUAUACACACUUUGAAUCUGUGGACAUCCCUAGUGGGCAUGGCCACAAUUUCUACAUCGCUUCUCUAGAUGACAAAGCUCUGUUAGGAGUAUGGCAUAUUCUUCCAUCGAAUAAUGAAGAAAUUAGUGCUACCGAUUCACGGAGUUAUGAAGAAAUAAUGAAUUCAUUGCCUAAUGAUUUGCCUGUAUUUAUUUAUUUCCAUGGCAAUUCUAAAUCAAGAGCUAUUCCUUGGAGGGUAAACAUUUAUAAACUAUUGUCAUCUCUUGGCUAUCACGUUUUUUGUUUCGAUUACAGAGGUUAUGGCGAUUCAACUGGGUCAUUAACUGGAGAAAAUGACUGUCUACUGGAUAGUUUAACAGUUUUUCAAUUUGUUUGUAAACGGUUUCCUUCAGCGCCGAUUUUCUUUUGGGGUCAUUCACUUGGUACUGGGGUUGUCGGUUGUCUUAUGGAUCAUUUAAAUAAAGAGCAUGAUUCUUUACCAAAUAUUCGUCUUCCAAAAGGUAUUAUUCUUGAUGCCCCAUUUACAUGCUUAACUGAUGUGAUACAUCACAGAAUAUUCAUGAAGCCUUAUCAAUUAAUGCCAACUUUACAAGAACGAUUUGUAUCGGCUAUGAACAAAGUAAAAUUGUCAUUUAAUACACAGUCUAACCUAAUAAAUUGUCCCAUUCCGAUAGUCAUAUUACACGCUGAAGAUGAUGCUGUUGUGCCAUUCACUUUAGGAAAAAAGCUUGCUGAAAUUCUUUCAACUAAUGGUACUUCAGUAUUCUUCAAGCCGUACGAAGGCAAACUCGGUUACCGACAUAAUUUUAUUCACACAGCACCAGAUCUUCCGGAUAUUAUUACAUCAUUUGUUCAAUCCACAUUGUCUGGAAGUUUAAAUGCAUUAGAAGAUUUAAUCAUUUGAAUUUGAUGAUGUAGAUUAGAUCACUAAAUAUUCGAAUAUAUUCUAUUUUCAAUAUCUAUGUGCUGUAUACGAUCUAUCAGCUGACCUGGUUUUAUGACAAAUAUCAUAUUACUUACAAUCUGUCAAGUGAUUACAUCAUUUUACAAUUUGUUUCUGUUGUGUGCUAUUUGUUUUGUUUUUUUAAAAUAAACUUAUUUUUAUUGGCUUAUUUUAUAAAAGUUUUUCUUUUUGUUUUUACUUUUGACUCAACAUCAUUAAUUUUUUUUCUGUCUUAAUAUUUCAGAUUGCUUAUUUUUUAUCUCAUUAUAGUUUUAUUUAUUCUUAUUCUUAUUAUGGUUUCAUCAUCCAGGGAUAUUGUGCCGUAAAGUAUCAUUAUUUUUGUGUGUGUGUGUGUUCAGUUAUUUUUCUUUCCAUUGAAGUGAACGUUCUGAAAUGCGUUAUGUGUAAAUUACAUUCAUGCUAACAUACAUUGUGUUUUAGUUUUAAAUCUAUUUGAUAUAAUAUGGACAAUAUAUAUAUAUGAAAAGAUGUUUAAAUGAAUAUAGUUCUAUCUAAAUA